GGAGGAUUACUAUUUCCAACACGACGCUCUUGUGCCGCCUGGACAAUAUCACUGCUAGACUGCCAUUGUAUCCAUUGUCUGUGCUGACGAUGGAAAUAUCCACGAGCGAUGUUCCUGCAGCCGAGCAGGCAGGCAAAGAGACACCCUCACCGACAGACUCCUCAGUCUCGCUUUCGGUCCCAUUCCAAGUUGCCGGUCAUACCAACACGGUAGAGACGACGGCGGACGGUUCGUUCGUCAUCAAGAGCUCUUUGCCGGGAGAACGAGCUUUCUACGAGACACUCGCUUGCACUCUCGAGCUCUCGGCGCUGCGGCAAUGGGUGCCCGAGUUCUAUGGGAUCCUACGACUUGAAGGGGUUAUGCGCUCUCAGGGGAAGCUCGACCCCCCGCCCGCCGAUCUGGGUCCAGCGGGGAAAGAGAGCCUUCUGUUGGAGAACAUGUGCCAGUAUGUCAUCAAGACCAACGUUAUGGACGUCAAGCUGGGGAGGGUGCUGUAUGCGGAAGAUGCGAGUGCGCAGAAGAGGGCGAAGAUGGAGAAGAAGGCUAGGACGAGCACUACUGGAGAGACUGGUAUACGGCUCACGGGAUUUCAUGUGUAUAACCGGAUAUCGGACACUCAGGAAACGUACCCCCGAGCGUAUGGUUACUCGCUUACUGCGCCCCGGCUCAUCGAGGGCAUCAACGCGUUCUUCCCCUGUGCCACCUCUCCCGAUGAGAUAGGCCACCCACCGGAGCUCCUCGCUACUAUUUUGGAGGGUAUUGAGGACGAUGUGGAGGAACUCAUUGAGGUGCUGGAAAAGCUCGAGCUGCGUAUUGUCGGUACUAGCCUAUUGGUCGUCUAUGAGGGGGAGGGUGAAACGCUGCGAGAAGUGUUGAAGCGACAGGAGGUGCUUCAAGUUGCAGCUGAGGAAGGGGAGGGGAACGAAGAGGAGGAAGAUGGCGAAGAAGAGAUGGAGGACGAAGAGUUGGAAGAGACACCAAAGUUGCCCUGGGUCGUGCGGCUGAUCGACUUUGCGCAUUCCCAUCUUGCACCAGGUCGAGGACCAGACGAAGGCGCCAUAUUCGGGCUGCGGACAUUCUUACGCUUGGUAAGAGAAAGGCGAGAAGCGGUGGAAAAGCUGAUGGAGAUACCCUCGGACGCAUAGGUGUACAUUACCCCGCAUUAGAAAUUGAUAGAUGCAAGUUCAUUGAGCAGGGAUGUGAGGUAUAAUACAUUGCUUCUUUCACCCCUCCCAUUUGUGUACCUCGUCGUCUAGAUCACUGCGACUCGUCUGCGCGACAAAGCCCAGCUCAGACGUUGAACCCAUACCCACGCAUGCACGAGAGAUGCGCUUGGACAAGGCUCUUGCACGCCUCGCUCGCCUGGUUCGAAUCGUGCUUCAAGAAGCAAUCGUCGCGGGCUGACUUGGUCUGGGGGCAAGCGCAGCAUGGCUUGAGUCCCUCUGGGUUGAGCUCUGUCACCAGCUUGUUGGACGCCUCCUUGGGUGGGUUGACUACUGCCAUGGACGACAUUUUUGUGGCGAUUGAGAGGUGACUGGGCUGGUGAGGAGGUUGGGGGAGACGACGAGGACGGUCCAAGUGACG